GUUGAAUCACACUGGAUAUGAAGCUCCGCUGUAUUUAACUAAAUACCUUGCAAAAGAAGAUGAUCCAACAGUGUGGACAAUGGCUUUGGAUGCACUGGGCAUUUCAAACAGGGGUUUUCUUCUGAGAGAUCCUGAAUUAUUUCCAGUUGUAAAGCAAUAUUUAUUACCACGAAUAAGACCGAUAUUUCAUUACUAUGCAAAUCUUUUUCGUGAGAGCCCUGAAGCAUUGCAGAUGAACCCAUACAUCAUACAUGAUAUAGAGGGAAUUCUUAGAACAGCAUGCUGGUUUGGACUUCGCGACUGUUUAGACCUAGCUUCUGAAUUCUUCAACAAGUGGAUGAACAAUUCCAAACAUGAGGCUCCUGUUUGUUUUAGCUCAACUAUUUGUUGCUAUGGUGUUUCGUUGGGGAAUGAGGAAGAAUGGGAAUUUUUAUGGAACAUUUUUCAAAAGAAUGAGACUGAAGAUGAGUACAAAUCCAAUAUAUUAUUUGCCUUGAGUUGCACUCGCAUUCCAUGGUUACUUCAAAGAUACCUACAUUCUAUCCACAACUAUAGGACGAAUGAACCAUUUGUUGUACUCAGAGCAAUUCACUAUGUGGUCAAAAGUGAGAUUGGAUUUUGGACAGCGUGGACAUUUAUGUCAGAAAAUUGGUCAGAUCUGUCCUUUGGGCUCACAAUGGAGGGUCUCAUGACCACUAUCACUACUGACAUUCAAAUCCAAAUGGUACAAGUAUUUCUUAAUAACACCCUUGGACCUGAAGAAAAGAUAGAGGCUACAGAAACAAUGAUGAAAGAAAAAUAUGAAAAUGAAAAAAUAAAAAAAAUCUUAACCAGAAUGGUCAUGUGGUUAAAGGAAAAUAUGGACAAUUAAUAGCUGAGCCAUUUCUUUUUUUAAAAAAGAUAUCUUCAUAAAAUUUCCCGGAUUAAAAAGAUGUUACUUUGGUUAUUCAUACAAUUGUUUUUCUGUGCAAUCAAUAAACCACCAUUCAGGGCAAACCAAACUACUUGUAUUAAAUACAUUGUUUUCUCCUAGGACCAAUAUCUACAAAAACAUUUGCAUAUUUUGUGAAAUUCUUCCUCUGUAAGAAUGCAUUUCCAGAUGCUAU